CCCCAAUUGACUAACAUCUCGAGAUUCUCUCUUGUAUUGGAGAACAAGGGCAAUGUUGCAAGGGACCAAUUGGCCAACGAAAGGACCCUACUAUCCUAUGUUAGAACCGCUUUAGGCUUGAUGACCCUCAGCAUUGGGUUUUUGCAGUUUUACCGAAUGGAAAUGAAGUCUACAACCGUUAUAGUGGACGGCACUAAAUAUGACAUCUCCCGUGAUCCAGGUUCUUUUUUCAUAGAGAAAUUAGGAAAAUCAAUAGGAAUAAUAGCCAGCACCAUAAGUUUGGUAGUGAUCCUCAUUGGUGCCUUCACUUAUUAUCAAAACCAAAGCAUGUUCACCCAUAACAUCUACCCUGCUCCCCGUAUCACCAUCACUUUGAUAGCAGUGGUAUUCAUUGCGCUUUUUGCCCUUCUACUCGCAAUAGACAUCAAACUG